GAAGACAGAACAUAUUUUCACCCCGGCCCACACUUAUUGCCCUUGGCAGUAUGAAUGCCACACCACCGCCACCGAUCGUCACCCCCCGGUCGCCACGCCGCCCACACGGUCAUGGCAAUCAGGUAGCACCUGAGCAUGAGCUCCCCGCGCUCCCACCACCAAAGCUGACGUCCCGACAGCGAAGACCACCCCACUCCCAUCAACAUGGAUCACCGACGUUGAGGCCAGAAAAGCAUGCCCUUUUGGUAAGUUCGGAACCCCGCCGGCCGGAGCAGUGCGGGGGAGGCCACCGGCGGCUGUCGGCCACGCCGCAGCCGCCACGCCAUUUCUCGAACUGGGUCCAGGUCACCGUCGCCACCUCUGGCAACAGCAAGACCCGGAGGCACCCCUGCCAAUCCCCCAGAGUGCCCCUAUCACCGAGGCCAGCCAAAGGCGAGAAGCACUGAGCCGUCGUACUCCACCCGUCGGAUGCGCUGCCAACCGCAGAGCCGAACGCCCCAUGAAUCAGGAGGAGGGGGUCGAACCACCGCCACUACGCCGCCACCCCGACCAGCCGAGAGGGCCCCGGUCAAGGCAGCUGCCCGCGGCACCGCGAGGUCAGAUUUGGCCGAGCCGUCGCGGCCACCAUCCCCAACCUCGGCCGGCACCACCACCACCCACUGCCGCUGGGCCACCACCAUCCGCCGCGGCCACGGCAAAGGCGGCCACCAGCAGCCUGGGUCGCACCGGACCACGCCGCCGCCGUCUCUAGCACCCCAGGUGCGCCACCCGCCGCGGGGAGGUAGGGAUGCCCGGGCGCCGCAUCUGCCCGUCAUGCCGUCGUGGAGCCCGACUGCGGGAAUCGAUUCCAACAUAUUUUGAGUGAUUUAAUUUUAUGAAACAUGAGUAGCUGAAUUAAGAACAUAUGAACUAAAACUAAAACACAUCUUAUAUAUUCUAUUUGAUUACUGUAUAGUCAAAACAUAUAUUGAUAGCAUAAUACAAUGAUUUUUUUUCUCAUGCAUGUUGAGUGGACCUUUGAUGAGGUGACAUGUGUGGUGAGGUGACAUGUGUGCAUGGGAUCAACCAAUAAUGGAAUUUUUUCCCCAUACAUGUUGUGGUGGGCCUUUGAUGAGCUGGCAUGUGUGCAUGUUAAGAUAUUAGAGCCGCUUAAGAAACAUCAACUCGUUGGUGGGACAGAUCAUCCUGAGUUGUUCAUAAGUCAGCUAUUUUGAGAAGACAAUGUCAGCUUCAGAGUUCAGGAUUCCUUACCAGCCAGUAUCAUCUUCGCAGCCUUCGGAGAAUGCAGGUCAGUUCAAGAUAUGCCGAUGUGGAGAGGGAGACCCGAACUCCCAGACUGGUGAAACCGGUGAUAGUCCACAAACUUCAUGUCCUAACUGCCAGGUUCUCAAGAGUGGACAUCUACUGCUUUCAUCUAAAGGGAUUGGUUGGACAACAUGGAAAAAGCGCUGGUUUGUUCUUACAAGGGCAUCAUUAGUGUUCUUCAGAAGUGACCCUAAUGCACCUCCCAGAGGAAAUGAACCAGUUGUUACACUUGGUGGAAUCGACUUGAAUAACUCCGGAAGUGUUGUAGUCAAAGAAGACAGGAAACUUUUAACAGUGUUAUUUCCUGAUGGCCGCGAAGGGCGUACUUUUACUCUGAAGGCAGAAACUACAGAAGAACUCAACGAGUGGAGAAAUGCAUUAGAGAGUGCUUUAGCGCAGGCACCAAGUGUAGCGAGUACAGUGGGGCAAAAUUCAAUAUUUAACGCUGAUGGAACAGAAUCUUCUGAAGCUUCAACUGAACAGUCGGAGGAUAAAUCAUCUGUUAUUGGGAGACCUGCACAGUUUGCACUUGUAGAGGCUGAUGGUAGUCCAGCUUUCCUGGAGAAGGCCUUGAGGUUCAUUGAAGAUUAUGGUUGCAAGGGAGAAGGAAUCCUCCGUCAAUCUGCUGAUGUUGAAGAAGUCAAACGCAGAUUUCGUGAUUAUGAAAAGGGAAAGAAAGAGUUCUCCCCAGAUGAGGAUGGGCAUGUUAUUGGUGACUGUAUUAAGACUAUUCUUCGAGAGAUGCCAGCUUCGCCAGUUCCUGCAGCAUGUUGCACCGCGCUGGUUACAGCUUACCGAACUGACAAGACAAAAAGACUUGAUGCUUUAAAUAAAGUUAUAUAUGAAGUUUUCCCGGAACCAAAUCGGCAAUUAUUGCAGAGGAUCCUUAAGAUGAUGAUGAUCGUUGGAUCACACAAAGCUGUGAACAGGAUGUCUAGUUCCGCUUUGGCGGCUUGUAUGGCACCACUCCUUCUUCGUCCUCUUCUUCUUGGUGAAUGUGAAAUUGAUAAAGACUUCAGUAUGGCUGGGGAUGGUUCAUUCCAGCUGCUUCAAGCUGCCGCUGCAGCCAACCAUGCUCAAGCUAUUGUUAUCAUCAUGCUUGAGGAAUAUGAUCAGAUAUUUGAUGACAUAGAAGAAGGUUCUUCGGACGCUUAUACUGAGUCUGACGACGGUGAUGUUGACAAGGAAUAUUCCACGGAUAAUGACAACCAUGAUGAGGAUGGUUCUUAUGAUUCUGGUGAAGAUGACAUUGAAGAAGACUUGGAUGAUAAUACCGAACACUCUUCUGGCGGCAGUGAAUGUGAUGGCAAUAGUAGAAUCAAUGCCAAACGUGACAAGAUGAAAGUGGGAAAAACAGAACGUGGUUUGUCAAGGGAGGACAAAGGAUCCACAGAUCAUAUAGCAAAAUCCCAUUCAUCAUCUUCGAAAGCAAAAUUUACGAAGUCAAGCAGCUCAGCUAAUAGGGGCAAAAAGACAUUAUGGGGCCGUACUUCAGCAAGAAAGGACCUGGACGUUGAGGGCUGCAGUGAUGAUGAGGCUCUUAUUGAGAAGCUUGAGAACAACAAGGCCGAUCUCCAAUCUAAAGUUUCAAAGGAGGUCAAAGAAAAUAAAAACCUCCAGACAAGUCUAGAAAAGCGGAAAGGAACAUUACAUGAACGCCGUUUAGCACUUGAAAAAGAAGUGGAAACUUUGCGAGAUCAGCUGCAUAAGGAGAGAAGUUUGAGGGCCUCAUUGGAGUCUGGGCUGAUGAAUAUGCGAAGAGGGCAGGUGUCCCUCCCGUCGUCAAUAGACAGCAAGACUAAGGCUAAUCUUCAGGAAGUUGCUGCUGCUGAAGCUGAUGUUGUGAAUUUGAAGCAAAAGGCUUGUGAUCUACGCGGACAACUCAGCAGCCAGGCCCAGCUGAGCUCCAUCCCACUAUGUGAAUCAUGCAACAAACGGCUCCAAGACAAGCUUGCCGAAGAGAAACAAAAUGAAAUCAGCUCAUCAACCGAAGCAUCAUCAGCUAUUGGGACCAAUCCUUUAUCUCGAAUGUUACCCAAUGCAGGCAUGGCGGAUAUUGUUGAACAAUUGAGAAGGCAAGCCGCACAGAAUUCGUCUUCUUCAACAGGUGCUCAAAGAUUGUUGAGGCAAAACUCAAAUAGCCUACACAGGCUUCAAGGACUGAAUGCCUUUUCAAGUAAUAGAACAGAGGAACCUGGGGGUGGACCACCAACUGCAUUAGCUAAGCUGACAAACCGGCUCAACUUCUUGAAAGAAAGAAGGGCAAUGCUCGCAAGUGAGAUGCAAAACUUAGAUUUGGCUCGCCCACCAACGGGUCCAGCUCCAAAUAAAGACUCAACAUGAGGACUGGGAAUUUGACACUGCAUCAUCUUAAAGCUAGAAAAUCAAGUAGUGGAGCGAUGCACAUAUGACAGCGCCACAGGGACGACUUCUUUGAGGUGGAGAUGCAUAUGAUAAUCCUACCGUGAGAGUUGGACCCAGUUCAAGAUGCGUGCACAUGUAUUUUCAUUGGAGGAGCAUCGCUGGCAGUGUUCACCAAAAUCGCUGAUCGCACGAACAGCCUAGUUUUAGAGUACCAUAAUUAAUUAACCCCACAGUUUUAUUGUGUUUUCAUAAUGACAUUUCGAAAGUAUUGAAUUGUGGCAUGUAUAAGAAACAUAUCUCCGUAAAUUCUAGACCACAGCCAAAGUGCUCUUCCAAAUGCAGUUUGCCGGCUGUUUUUCA